GCCUAACAAAGCUUAUGGGGAUUUCAAGUUUCAGGAUUCUUGUGUUGGUUCUUCUGCAAAACCGAUUGUCCCAGAAAUGGCAAUGACAUAAUUUCCAUCAAAAUGUUAUAAUUUAUUCAAAAUAACUUAUUUUUGUUAUCGCAUGUGGUUUUUGUGUUUCCUUUUGGCAGCUAUUUCGUGUUAAUUAUUUAUAGGGAUAGUGUUGGUUAGUGAUUACAUGAAAAAUCAUUGAAAAAGGCGAAUUGCGUGAACGCCCAUUUGUUUUUAUUUAUAGUUUUGUAAAUAUAGGGCUGAAAUGGAGGAUAUUUCUCAGUGGUGUAAGGAAGGAAAUGCCCUGCAGGUCAGGGUAUGGCUGGAUGAACCUGAACAUGACAUGAAUCAGGGGGAUGAGCAUGGCUUCAGCCCCUUGCAUUGGGCAGCCAUGAAGGGCCACUCAAAGAUUGUAGAGAUGCUUUUACAAAGGGGUGCAAGAGUAAAUGCUACGAACAGAGGCGAUGAUACUCCCCUACAUUUGGCAUCUGCCCAUGGCCACAGAGAUAUUGUACAGAUGCUUCUAAGACAAAAAGUGGACCUCAACUUCACCAACGAGCACGGCAACUCCCCGCUGCACUACGCGUGCUUCUGGGGGCACCAGGACAUCGCCGAAGACCUGGUGCACCACGAGGCCAAGGUGGCGAUCGCCAACAAGUACGGCGACACGCCGCUGGACAAAUGCAAAGGCAACCUGGCGAAAGUGCUGCACCAAAUCGCGGUCGAGCAGGGCCAAGACCUCAACAAGAUCCAGUUCAAGGACCAGUCGUGGUUGGGAAUGAAGACCAGGACCAGAGACGCGACCCUAUCGAGGCAUAAAGGCAUCAACUUCAACGAUUUGAAGUUGAAGAAGCAGAUCGGUGCCACGCACAGCGGGGAUACCUACUUUGGGUACUGGCAGAAGAACGAUAUUGUGGCGAAGAUUCUCAAUUUGAAGAAGUACACGUCGAGAAUGCAGAGGGAUUUCAACGAGGAGUUCCCGAAGUUGAGGAUCUUCUCGCACCCCAACAUUCUGCCGGUUAUCGGUUGCUGCAACAGUCCGCAGAUGUUCGUGGUCAUCAGUCAGUAUCUGCCCAACGGUUCCCUCUACAACGUGCUGCACGAAGGGGGCGGUAAUAUCGUGGUGGAUACGGCACAGGCGUUGAGAUUUGCUAUCGACAUCGCCCGCGGGAUGGCGUACUUGCACAGCCUGGAAAGAACAACCCCCGAGUACAGCUUGAACAGCCGCCACGUGGUGAUCGAGGAGGAUUUGACGGCGAGGAUCAACAUGGCGGACGCGAAGUUCUCCUUCCAGGAGAAAGGUAGGAUCUACUACCCCGCGUGGAUCUCCCCCGAAGCCUUGCAGAAGAAGAUCGCCGACCGGAACUGGGAGGCCUCGGACAUGUGGAGUUUCGCCGUGCUGCUGUGGGAGUUGGCGACCAGGGAGGUGCCCUUCGCCGACCAAUCGCCCAUGGAGGUCGGGAUGAGGAUCGCGCUGGAGGGUUUGAGGGUCUCCGUCAAGCCCGGGAUAUCGCCGCACCUCUCGAAGCUCAUCAAGAUCUGCAUGAACGAGGACCCGGGUAAGCGCCCCAAGUUCGACAUGAUCGUGCCCAUUCUCGACAAAAUGACCCGUUGAUUUUGCGUUUUUCUCUUACAAAUAGCUUUAACCUCGUCGUUAAUUAGACUUACAGCGUUGUUAUUUAUUCUCGUGCCUUAUGUAAUACACAGAAUGAUAUUUUCGUGACGCAAUACAGAUUGUUUGAAAAUGUACAUGUGUUUAUUAAUUUUAAGAUUUAAGGUGCUUACUAGAGAAAUAAUAUUUUAUUAAUCAACUGACUUUUACAAGUAUUAAAAUGUAUCUACUACAUAUUUUUGUAUGUAACUCUAGAUUAGAGUGUAUUGUACUAAAGAUUGGCUAACUUUAUUAUUUUAACUACACAUUUU